UGGAGUGUGUCGAUAUUUCCAUCAGUUGAUCUGCCAUCCUAUCUACUACUUUUUGCUGUUCUCAGCCACUGUUCUCCACCCAACCGAGAUCUCGAACAACGGAUGAAAGACUUGAGGAUAUAAAUACAACGAUACGAUCACAAAAAUGGGUCUCUUCCCGAAAAAGCCGGCUGCGCCGAAGACCCAAACACAAGAUGAGAUUGACCUCGCUGCCGAGCAGAAGGUCACUUUCCGGGCCAUUUGGCUCGGUGUCGUCGCCUCCGUAGGUGGCUUCAUGUUUGGCUACGUCAGUGGUCAAAUUUCUGGUUUCUUCGAUAUGGGCGACUUCGGUCGCCGCUUCGGUAACUACUACGACAACGGCUGGGUCUUCUCGGCGUACCGCCAGGGCGCCAUCGUCGCCCUGCUCCCCGCUGGCGCUCUCCUCGGUUCGCUGGUCGCUGGCAAGAUUGCGGAUUCCCUUGGUCGCCGUAUCGCCAUCUCUGCGUCUGCCCUUUUCUCCUGCAUCGGAACAAUCAUUGAGAUCGCCUCCACCACGCACUGGGCCCAGUUUGCGGUCGGCCGUCUUGUCACUGGUGUUGGUAUCGGUGCCCUCUCCGUCGUCGUCCCGAUGUACCAGUCUGAGUCCGCGCCCGCCAUUCUCCGUGGUAUCCUCGUCUCGUGCUACCAGCUCUUCAUCACUCUCGGUAUCUGGACCGCUGAGAUGAUCAACUACGGUACUCACGACCUCAGCAACUCCGCCUCUUGGCGUAUUCCCAACGGUAUCUCCUUCCUUUGGGCCUUGGUUCUCGGUGCCGGAAUAUUGUUCCUUCCCGAGUCUCCCCGUUACGCCUACCGUGUUGGUCGCGUUGACGAAGCCCGCAACACCAUUGCCCGCCUUGCCGGUCUCGAGCCCACCGCCCGCUCCGUCAACAUGCAAAUCGAUGAGAUUCGUGUGAAGCUCGAGGAGGAAAAGGCUGGUGCCGACACUAAGUGGUACGAGAUUUUCGGAUCUAACCUGUUGCGCCGCACCCUCAUUGGCAUCAUCCUUCAGUCUGGCCAGCAACUUACUGGUGCCAACUUCUUCUUCUACUACGGAACCACGAUUUUCAAGGCCACCGGUUUGAGCGACUCUUACGUUACCCAGAUCAUUCUUGGUUCCGUCAACGUUGGAUGCACUGUCGCGGGUCUCUGGGUUGUCAAGAAUGUUGGCCGCCGCAAGGCCCUCAUCGGUGGUGCCCUGUGGAUGACCAUGUGCUUCCUGAUCUACUCUUUCGUCGGAAGAUUUGUGCUCGACCCCGUCAACCCGGCUAGCACUCCUGAGGCCGGCAACGUCCUCAUUGUUUUCUCAUGCUUCUUCAUUGUCGCCUUUGCCACCACCUGGGGUCCUCUCGUCUGGGCGGUCGUUGCUGAGCUCUACCCUGCUCGCUACCGCGCUCCUGCCAUGGCCCUGGCCACCGCUUCCAACUGGGCCUGGAACUUCCUUAUGUCCCUCUUCACGCGCCCCAUCACCGACUCCAUCAGCUAUUUCUACGGCUUGGUGUUCGCCGGAUGCUGCCUUGCCCUCGCCGCAUUCGUUUGGCUCUUUGUGAUAGAGUCCAAGGACCGCACUCUUGAGGAGAUUGAGACCAUGUAUGAACAGAAGGUCAGCCCUAGGCACUCGAGCCGCUGGCACGCUGAAGGCCCCUUGGGCCAGCGUGAUGCGGAGGAGAAGCCAGAGGUUCAGAGUGGAUCUGCGACAACCUCUCACCAUGGAGACGUUUAGAAUACGUCCAAGCGAAAUGGUUCUCGCUCUGACACGAAGCCAGAGGUCGUGAGAGUCGAAUAGGGAUGGGAUGAUGACUUGACACGCACGAAAAAUGGAAUGCAGUGGUCAGUCGUGAUAAUGGGGUUUGAAAGGAUAAUGAAAUGCAUGGUUUAGUUGUGGUAAUGAGAUUUGAAAGGAUAAUGAAAUGCAUAGUUAUUCGCGGUAAUCGGAGUUUUUCAAAAGGGUCUAUGGCAUGGACUUGGUAUUCUUGAUAGCACACAUACAAUAGAUCU